AUGCUUUAUGAUGAGGGCCAUUGCGGGAAGGUUUACAAGAACGCAAAGGAACUUAAGAUACGUCAAUCCAGGACCAAAUGUGGAAGAGGGGAGAAACUGAUGCAAUGCAGAGUGGAGACAUUUAGUGGGACACAGGAGGACUCCAGUCAGGAAGCAGCCCACAGCACAGGAGAUCUCUCAGCAGUUGUUCCUCCCCGAAGCCACAGGAAAGACUCUCCUAAAGCUACCCCUGGCACCCAACCUACGAAUGACAACACACUAUGGAAACAACUAGACCGAGACAUCGAAAGAGUUCUAGAGGCUUCAUUAGCAGUAACAGCCAAGAGGAAAAUCCACAAUGAGCUGGCCAGCUGUUUGGAUUGUGACAGUCUGGUUGGAGGACUUUGUGAUGACUUGUCUUCUGGUACAGUUCGUCGCUCACUCUCAGCUCCUCACCCACCCACCCUGGAUCCCAUCCCCUUAGCGGCCUCCUGUGACUCCCAGUCUAAGUACCACUGUGACCUGGUGGCCCGUAAUGGCAGUGACCUGUACCGGUACCCAAGCCCGCUGCAUGCCGUGGCAGUCCAGAGCCCCAAUUUCCUUCAGAUGUUUGGUCAUGGAGGUCACAGCAGAGACGAAGGCCUUCUGAAAGCCAUUGAGGCUGGUGUUGACGGUCUCAAACAAGAAUCUUCCUCUCUUCCUGCUUCUAUUUCAGCUCCUCUUGUACCUCAAAGCUCCUCUUGGUCAGCCCCUUCUUCUUCUUCCUCCCAGACUCCUUCUCAUAAGCGUCUGGACAGCUACAUCUACAGUCUGCUGCAGCGGAAAGCCCUGCCCAUCAGGACCAGCAGACCCAGGACCAGUAUCAGCACUGACCCGUCAAAGAGUAUCCUGAGGCAGGCGAGUCUCUGUGUGAGGCAGGUGUCUGGUCCCAGCUCUGGUUCUGGUUUAGGGACUCUGAGGGGGUCUGAACUCAAACCUACCUGGGCAGCAGGAAUAGGAUCAGCAGAAGGUGCUGCCACCUCAUCUCCUCAGAGGCAGUGGUCUGUGGAAAGUAAAGGUGAGGAGCAGGAGACCCAAAAUGGCAUCCAUGGUGGCAGCGUUGACACAGUGCAAAAUGGAUUUAAGAUUAACAACACUGACUUGGCACAAAACCAAAACAGCUCUCUUAGUAACGGAAUCCAGAAUAGCUGUUUUUUCACUAACAAGGACACUAACACAAGCACUAACAGUCUGCUGAAAAAGAAGAACAAAGGGCUUCUUUCUCCCUCAGCAGUGUCCACUGCAACUCUUCCUAAAGAUUUCAGGGAGCUGGGCAGUCCCAAAGCUAACUCCACCCCCAAAGAAACCAAGCAGCCAUGUUACCCCCCUGACCAGGAACUUCUCUUCAGAUCACCUACAGUUGUCAAAGCACAAUCAGCUGUUCCUAAGAACAGCCUCAAGCCUAUCCAAACCGACCAGACAGAGAAAGGCAAUAGGUCAGUGCCAGAGCUUGCCAGUUUAGGGUCCUCCUCCCAGAGUCAGGACGAAGCAGAAGGAGGAGAGGGAGAAGAAGGAGGAAGGAGUAAUAUGGUUAACGCCAAGUACAUCCCUGCCCAGCGGCAGAACAUCAAACUCCGCAAAGGAGGCAGCAAGAAUGUCAAGACUGUUAAGGUGAAGAGCACCACGACAAUGAAGACGAGUCGGGUUGCUGAACACGAUGAGCCUACAGAGAGAAAAGGGGAUAAAUCCCACUACAGGUCCGGUUCUAAAAAGUCCUGGGUACUGGAAGACGGAGGGUCCGCCCAGAUUAAAGUCUCAAAGAGAGCACCUAGCAACGUUCCUGGGGUGUCGUCCUCCAGAAUCAAACGCCUCCCUGUGCCCAUCCCAGAAGGCCGAGUCCUGGACAAGCACACUACAUCGACACUGAGCAGUAUGCGGUCAGGUGUAUCCAAGCAUCAUCACCAUGGAAACCACCAACAUUACAGUGGUAACCACCACCAUCACAGUCACCAUCAUCAUCAUCACCAUGGGCGUGACCAGGUCGUGGUUGUUGCUAAACCAAAACACAAACGAAAUGACUACCGGCGGUUACGUGCGAUCAUGGAGGUCCCGUACGAUGAGGCGUUCAGGCGUGCUCAGCGGCGGCAGAGAAAAGAGCUUCUCAGCCAUUCUGCAGCCAGCAUGUAUCUCCCCUCUGGUGGGCAGCUGAGCUGCCCGUACUCUUACGUUGGAGGAAGUGACUCAGAGUAUUCAGCCGAGUGUGCGUCACUGUUUCACUCCACCAUCGUGGACACCAGUGAGGACGAGAGGUCAAACUACACCACCAACUGCUUUGGAGACAGUGAGUCCAGUGAGGAGGAGUAUGUGGAAGAGAGCACCACCACCAGUGAUACUGAAGAGAGUGGAGGAGGUGGGGCUGGAGGUGGGACAGGUGGAAUGGGCAGGGGGUGGAGCCAGUUAGGGGCACCAGGGACCAGGGCUGUGGGGCAGGAAAUGACUCCAGCUCAGGCGAAGGCCUUUGUCAAGAUUAAGGCCUCUCACAACCUGAAGAAGAAGAUCCUGAGGUUCAAGUCGGGUUCACUCAAACUCAUGACCACCGUGUGAGUCAGCCAGAGGCAGGCAGCGACUCUGCUGCUGCCCUGCCAAACUGGACCAGAGCCAUAUCUGCUAGGUUUGUUACCCAUGCACUUCUAGUGUACCUGAACCCAACCAAGUUAUGAACCAAAUCUAAUGUAAAAACAGACAGUAGUGUAGUAGGACAGAUGCUGCAUGGGACACUUAUGAAGUGGAAAAAAGAUUUUCUACAGUGACAUUUAAACCAACCCCAAGCAUCUUUCGCCUGAGAAACAAAUCCAAUCCAAGUCAUCCAUCUUUGUAAAAGCAUGUGUGACAUUUUUCCAGGCUGAUCUCUGACAAGAAAACAAACACUCCUCAUGGAUUAUUUUUCUUAAUUUACUCUCCUACAUAUCCCGUCUUGCUCUUUAUUUUUUAGUCAGGGGGUAAAUUUUGACGCCUUCAGACACAGCCAUCUGUGCUCACAAGUCGAGUCCAUCUGAAUGGCUGAGUGUUGUGGUAAUCAUGACUUCAGGAGUAUAAAUUUUCGGAUUGCUGUUACAAGUUCUGAAAUAUGGGAGUUAGUCACCUUUCCUCUUGUUUUCUUCAGUAUGACAUUUAAAUGCAAACAAGGAGCAAUCUUGUGAACAUUUUUGUUGUCAGUAACCUUGCAACAGUCCUCUUGCAAGUUACCUAAACCACUUGAUUGGUAAGCUUAUAAUCUUAUCAGCUUCCUGAAUCUAAAUUUACCGUCUGAUGGAUCAUGUGGGGUGUUGGUUUUCAACAACGAAAUUUGAGGAUGCAACCCUAUUGUUCAAGUGGUUUAACUUGUGAGGAAGGCACACCACGUACCACAGAACUGGGUUGUUCACAUAGACUCAGCGUGCAAACACUACUAACACCACAACAUUUGAAGGUAAUAGGUAACGCAAAUGCACAAGUUCCAAUUUUCAAACCCAAUUCAUGAUAUCAAACAAAUCAACAUGGUUGCCCGAAAAGUAAAUAUUUAUCACUUGAAGAAGUUUGCACACUUUUAAACACACUUUAAAGAUUUUAUGAAUGACAUAUUUUAUUUCUAAAUCAAUGGUUAUUUCUUCAAGUUCCUGAUUCCUGCAAGCAGCCAAGGAAACAGGUUUCUCACUUCCAACGUCCCACAUUCACAGAAAACACAGCAUAAGAUGCUUUUGGGGAAACUACUCCUUGUGAAGAGGUAAAGGGUUGGUUUGGCGUUUGGAGUUAGCCAAUCAAAUUGGCUUCCUUCCCCCCUCCCCCUCUGUCUUUC